AUGAAGCAUGCGACUCCAGUCACCAUCGUAUCUCGUAACCUCUCCUUCGGUUCACCGUGCCAUGCUUCAUCUCCCGCAGUCACAACCAACCCGCUGCCGCCGCGCGGCCAUCGAGAACAACACACUCGAUCCAGGGUCCUCGCACACUUGCCCAUGGCCAGGUCUUGGAAGCUCGGAGUUUCCCGCCGGCCGUUCGGAUCAGUGUCGCCUGUGCUGGAACCCACAGCAAAGAUUUGCCCCAACGGAUCGCUGCUGAGGUGCACUGCAGUUGGACAAAAACGUCACCUCGAUGGAGGUGGCCCCGCUGCUGUCCAUGCACUGCAUGCCUAG